CAGGCUGGGCCUCGCCGCCAUUUUGGGUUGUGUGGGUUUCCGAGACGCUCUGAGCUGGGCCUCGCCCGCGGAGGUUCCGCAAAUCGCCGGCCUGUGGUACGCGUCCGAGUGUCAGGUUGGAGCCGGGAAGCGUCCCUGGGGGUACCGGCGGCGGGGGCAGGAUGAGCGCGGAGGCGGCGGACCGGGAGGCAGCCACCUCCAGCCGGCCCUGCACCCCGCCGCAGACCUGCUGGUUCGAGUUCCUGCUAGAGGAGUCGCUGCUGGAGAAACAUCUGCGCAAGCCCUGCCCGGAUCCUGCACCAGUUCAACUUAUUGUUCAGUUUUUGGAACAGGCUUCCAAACCUUCAGUAAAUGAACAAAACCAGGUGCAGCCUCCACCUGAUAACAAGAGAAAUCGUAUUUUAAAGCUACUUGCUCUUAAAGUUGCUGCACAUCUGAAGUGGGACUUAGACAUAUUAGAGAAAAGAUGUGUACCUUUUGUUUCUUUAAGUUUGUCUGUUCCAGUAUUGAAUAUGCUGCUAAAUGAACUGCUGUGUAUCAGUAAAGUUCCUCCUGGGACAAAGCAUGUGGAUAUGGACCUGGCCACUUUACCUCCGACCACUGCCAUGGCUAUCCUUCUCUACAAUAGAUGGGCAAUUAGGACAAUUGUUCAAAGCAGUUUUCCUGUCAAGCAGGCCAAACCUGGACCUCCUCAGUUAAGUGUCAUGAAUCAGAUGCAACAGGAGAAAGAACUAACAGAAAAUAUUUUGAAAGUACUAAAAGAGCAAGCUUCUGAUUCUAUUUUGGUACUAGAGGCAGCCCUUAAAUUAGACAAGGAUCUUUAUGUCCACACAAUGAGAACACUAGAUUUGUUGGCAAUGGAGCCAGGCAUGGUAAAUGGAGAAACUGAGAGUUCUACUGCUGGAUUGAAAAUCAGAACUGAGGAGAUGCAGUGCCAGGUGUGUUAUGAUUUGGGUGCAGCAUACUUCCAGCAAGGCUCUACAAAUGCAGCUGUUUAUGAAAAUGCCAGAGAAAAAUUUUUUAGAACCAAAGAACUAAUUACAGAGAUAGGUUCAUUAUCUCUUCAUUGUACCAUAGAUGAGAGGCGGUUAGCGGGCUAUUGUCAAGCGUGUGAUGUUCUUGUACCUUCUUCUGAUACAUCUCAACAGUUGACACCAUAUAGUCAAGUCCAUAUUUGUUUGAGAUCUGGCAACUAUCAGGAUGUAGUAAAGAUUUUUAUUGAAGAUAACUUAACCUUCAGUUUACCUGUCCAGUUCCGGCAGUCAGUACUAAGGGAACUCUUUCAGAAAGCUCAACAGGGAAAUGAAGCUCUAGAUGAAAUCUGUUUUAAAGUCUGUGCCUGUAACACAGUCCGUGAUAUAUUGGAAGGUAGAACGAUUAGUGUUCAAUUUAACCAGCUAUUUCUUAGACCUAAUAAAGAGAAAAUAGACUUUCUUCUUGAGGUGUGUUCAAGAUCAAUAAAUUUAGAAAAAGCUUCAGAUUCUUUAAAAGGAAACAUGGCUGCUUUUCUAAAGAAUGUGUGUCUGGGGUUGGAAGAUCUGCAGUAUGUUUUCAUGAUUUCUUCACAUGAGCUUUUCAUUACAUUGUUGAAAGAUGAAGAACGAAAGCUACUUGUUGAUCAGAUGAGGAAGAGAUCCCCUAGAGUAAAUCUGUGCAUUAAACCUGUAACUUCAUUUUAUGAUAUCCCAGCCUCAGCAAGUGUCAACAUUGGCCAGUUGGAGCAUCAGCUGAUAUUGUCAGUGGAUCCCUGGAGGAUUCGACAGAUUUUAAUUGAAUUACAUGGUAUGACUUCAGAGCGCCAGUUCUGGACAGUGUCUAACAAGUGGGAAGUACCUUCUGUUUAUAGUGGGGUCAUCCUGGGAAUUAAAGACAAUUUAACAAGAGAUUUGGUUUACAUUCUGUUGGCCAAAGGUUUACACUGCAGUACUGUUAAGGACUUUUCCCACGCCAAACAGUUGUUUGCUGCUUGUUUGGAGUUGGUAACAGAGUUCUCGCCAAAACUCCGUCAGGUCAUGCUGAAUGAGAUGCUGCUUUUGGAUAUUCAUACGCAUGAAGCUGGAACAGGGCAAUCAGGAGAGAGACCUCCUUCUGAUCUUAUUAGUAGGGUGCGAGGAUAUCUGGAAAUGAGGCUUCCUGAUAUUCCUCUUCGUCAAGUUAUAGCUGAGGAAUGUGUUGCUUUUAUGUUAAACUGGAGGGAAAAUGAAUACCUUACACUGCAAGUUCCCGCAUUUCUGCUUCAGAGUAAUCCAUAUGUAAAGCUUGGACAGCUUUUAGCAGCUACAUGCAAAGAACUGCCAGGCCCUAAAGAAAGUAGACGGACUGCUAAAGACCUUUGGGAAGUUGUUGUUCAGAUCUGUAGUGUAUCCAGUCAACACAAACGAGGAAAUGAUGGCAGAGUUAGUUUAAUAAAGCAGAGGGAAUCUACAUUAGGUAUAAUGUAUCGGAGUGAACUACUUUCUUUUAUCAAAAAAUUACGGGAACCUUUGGUUUUGACUAUUAUUUUAUCACUCUUUGUGAAACUUCACAAUGUUCGGGAGGACAUUGUGAAUGAUAUUACAGCUGAACACAUUUCUAUUUGGCCAUCCUCCAUCCCGAACCUCCAGUCAGUGGACUUCGAAGCUGUGGCAAUCACAGUGAAAGAGCUAGUUCGGUAUGCCCUCAGUAUAAGUCCAAACAACCAUUCCUGGUUAAUUAUUCAGGCAGACAUUUAUUUUGCAACAAACCAGUAUUCGGCAGCUCUUCACUAUUACCUACAGGCAGGAGCCGUGUGUUCUGAUUUCUUCAAUAAGGCUGUGCCUCCUGAUGUUUAUACAGACCAGGUAAUAAAACGAAUGAUAAAAUGCUGUUCUUUGCUGAAUUGCCACACACAGGUGGCAAUUUUAUGUCAGUUCCUCAGAGAAAUUGACUACAAAACAGCCUUUAAAUCAUUGCAGGAACAAAACAGUCAUGAUGCUAUGGACUCCUACUAUGACUACAUAUGGGACGUUACCAUUUUGGAAUACUUGACCUAUCUUCAUCAUAAAAGAGGAGAAACUGAUAAAAGACAAAUUGCGAUCAAAGCCAUCGGUCAGACAGAAUUGAACGCAAGCAACCCAGAAGAAGUGUUACAGCUGGCAGCGCAGAGAAGGAAAAAAAAGUUUCUCCAAGCAAUGGCAAAACUUUACUUUUAAACAGUUAGUUAAAAUUUUUUAAUUUUUAUUUUUUAAACAAUGGGCUAAAAAUAAACAGUAUUAGAUUAUAUAAUACAUA